CAACCCAAGGACACGCGGACCAGUUCAUCGUUAAGAAACAGGGGGACCAGACGAUUUACUCAGUGCAAGUCUUGAGACUGAAAACCUUUCUUUUACCCACGCCUGUACAACUUAACUGCUUUCUUUGUAAGGGCUGGUCUUGCUUUAUAAGGUCACGGUCAAAGAUCGAUUCAAAACUCGGCAACCCGUGUACAAAACCUGCCCCCUUUUCAAUGAACUCGCUGAACCUGGACCCGGACAAACGAGAACUUAAGAUUGAUUGAUUUUUUCUGAGUUUAUGGAUAACCAAUUGUACUGCAGCUGAGCCUGUUCAAAGUUCCCAUCAUGGUGCACUACGACGAGAUCCUCAAACAUGUCGGUGAGUUCGGGACGUAUCAGAAAAGGAUGUGUUUCUUCGCUUUCCUGCCGAGUCUGUCGGUCAGCAUGCACAUGUUGGCGAUGGCUUUCCUGGCGGCCACGCCGGAGCACCGCUGCAGGGCGCCCGAGGCCGAGGCCCUGGCGGCCCGGUACAACUGGACCGAGCCCGAGCUGCUGAACAGGACCAUCCCGUGGAAGCAGGACGACGAGGGAAGAUGGGUCCGAGACAGCUGCAAGAGGUAUGACCUGACGACGGUUGGACUGAAUGACAGCUACGGGAACCGAUCUGACUGGAAUGUGACAUCAUGCGAUGCAGGAUGGAUGUAUGACCUAAGCCAGUACAAAACCAGCAUUACCAUUGAGAAUGACAUUGUCUGUGAAGACAAGUGGCUGGCAAGCAUGGCUCAAGCCAUUUUUAUGCUGGGGGUGUUGGUAGGUUCCAUCACUUUUGGGGCCCUGUCAGACAGGUUUGGCAGGAAAGUCAUUAUGUUUGUUGCCAACGCCCUUCUGGGCAUUACCGGGAUAGCCACCAUGUUUGCGCCCAACUUCACGGUCUUUGUCAUCCUGCGAUUUGUGGUUGGAGCGCAGUGUAUGGGGAUCUACCUGACAAACUUUGUGUUAGGGGCAGAGAUAGUUGGCCCAUCCAGACGAACGUUGGUCGGCACCUAUGACUACGUGUUCUUCACUCUGGGGUACAUGUUGUUAGGAGGAAUAGCUUACCUCAUCCGUACAUGGAGACACCUGCAGCUGGCAUUGUCCCUAUUCAGCAUUCUGUGGAUAUCACUGUGGUGGGCUGUAACAGAGUCUCCAAGAUGGCUGCUGGCGAAGGGUCGGACUGGAGAAGCACGUGCCAUUGUGGAGAAGAUGGCGGUAACGAAUGGCGUGGACUUUCCCCACUCAUUAUGGGAGAAGAUGUUGGAAUCAAAGGAUAAACUGGUGGAGACACCUGGAAAUGGCAGGUUCUACUCUGCCCGGGACCUAUUACGGACUCCAAACUUGGCUAAGAAAUCUGCCGUCCUCUUCUACAACUGGGCUGUCCUCAACAUGGUAUAUUAUGGACUGUCCCUCAACACCUCGGCACUGGGCGGAGAUGACUACAUCAGUUUCUUCUUCUACGGGCUGGUGGAGUUUCCUGCCCUCCUCAUGUCCAUCGUGGUGAUAGAGAAGUGGGGACGCCGGGCGCCUCAUGUCAUGUUCAUGGUGGUCGGGGGUCUGGCCUGCAUUUGUACCACUUUUGUUCCCUCAGAUCUGUUCCCCUUGACCAUGACACUGGCAAUGAUCGGGAAGUUUGGAAUCUCUGCUGGCUUCAAUAUUAUCUUCAUCUGGACAGGAGAAAUUUACCCCACAGUAAUAAGGAACUUGGGCAUGGGGGUUUCAUCUAUGUGUGCACGAUUGGGUGGCAUCGUUUCCCCCUUCAUAGCCUUGCUGAUAGACACCUGGAAGCCCCUCCCCUACAUUGUGUUCGGGGGGCUGUCUGUGAUAGGGGGGGUUCUGUGUCUGAUGCUGCCAGAGACACUAGGGACCCCCCUGCCACAGACAUUGGAGGAAGCAGAGAACUAUGGAAAGGUGGGUUCAUUAUUGUGUCCAGCGGUCGGACUUAAGGAUGAUCCUGAGGACCGUAAAGAGGCAGACUCACAUGACGUACUACUGACACAUCCAGACUCUCAGAGGAGCUUUGAGACAGAGCUUUGACAUUCAAAAAGUUGAAGUCAAUUUAUUGUUAAUAUUAAUAUAUUUGUUUAUAUUUAUAUUUGUUAUAACUAGAGUUUCAAACAAUGUUUCAAACAUGUAGAGUGUAAAGUUGCAUCCAAUACUUACAUAAUUAGAGCAGAUUAGGUUUCAUAGAGUUAAUAAGUAGUGGAAGUUGCAAUAUCUGUAAUAACUUAUGAUCAUAUACAAUUGUUGAGCAAUAAACCUGUAUCAAUGAAUCAUUACAGAAAGAGCAAGACAUAGACAAGCUCUGGAAGCAUACAUACUAGGUUUCUUAGAAU